AUGUUACCUCGCUCUGAUCAUGUCCGUCAUAUGACGCACGAAAGCUUAGUACCUCUUGACCGGAAUCGAAUGAGAUUGGCCCGGAAACAACGUCAGCAUGAAUGUUCCAGUAAAGCCAAUCAACAACUGUUUGAAAGGAAUCUGCCGUCGUCUUCUGGUCGAAUCGAGCUUCGAAUCUCUUCACCGCACACUUUCACACGAAAUUCGGCUCUAGAUCCAUUGGAUGUGGAGGUCGUCUGUGAAGAAGCGAGCAACCUGUCGAGUGUGAUUGUACAGAAGGGCCCGCCGAGAGGUCUGACGGAAGAAUGUGUCUACGAGGAAGAUGUGUUAUUCGCCUGCGAACCAUAG